AUGCCUGCCAAAGAGAAAUACUCGGUCAUUCUUCCAACCUACAACGAGCGACGCAAUCUCCCCAUAAUAGUAUGGUUACUCGCUCGAACAUUCACUGAACACCAGUUAGACUGGGAGGUCAUCGUAGUCGACGACGGCUCCCCAGAUGGCACACUCGCCGUAGCCCGGCAGCUACAGGACCUCUAUACACCCUCACAUAUCGUUCUCAAACCUCGAGCCGGCAAGCUUGGUCUAGGUACCGCAUACGUCCAUGGUUUGAAGCAUGCCACUGGCAGCUUCGUUAUCAUAAUGGACGCCGACUUCUCUCACCAUCCUAAAUUUCUGCCGCAAAUGAUUAGCAUCCAAAAAGAGCGAGACUACGAUAUUGUCACUGGAACUCGGUAUGCAGGUGAUGGGGGCGUGUAUGGCUGGGACUUGAAGAGGAAGUUUGUGUCAAGAGGUGCUAAUUUAUUUGCGGAUACUGUGCUGAACCCGGGUGUGAGCGAUUUAACAGGAAGCUUCAGGUUGUAUAAAAGAGAGGUCUUGGAAGCUGUGAUCAGCAGUACAGAGAGCAAGGGAUACACAUUCCAAAUGGAGAUGAUGGUCAGAGCGAAAGCAAUGGGUUUUAAGGUUGCAGAAUGUCCGAUCAGCUUCGUGGAUAGGGUGUAUGGCGAAAGUAAAUUAGGGGGUGAUGAAAUCGUGGAAUAUGCGAAGGGUGUCCUUGGAUUGUGGUGGAAAGUUUAG